UUUAAUAGUGCUGUUGUUUGCCGUGUUUAGCGAUGGGGAGGCGCAUUCCUAAGUAUAGUAUAAAUAUCCAGUGAAGACUUAGAUUGCCAUUGAAUUCAAUUAUAGCAAAAGUUUCACAAUGAACACCUACAUCUCAUUCUUAUAUUUCACAGCUUUGAUUGCAGUUGCUUACUCAGUAUCUCCUCCAUACGAGGAAGAGUGGCAAAAAGUAAUCAAAGUGACAAUUCUCGGGUAUUUGAAGAAUGGAACAUGUUACCAGGGUUGGUACACGGUACUAAAACAUGAGGUUAUAACGGAAAUGAAGCCAAAAAUAUGUAAUGCGAUUGAUCAACGUUUUGACAGCAUUCUAUCCAGACUUUCAGUCGGCUCUGAAUACUGUCGGACAGAUAUAUUCAAUGACCUACAUCCAGAUGGAGCUGUUCGUGUUUCUGUUGACUACCAUAUACCCGUUUAUAAGCUGCGACGACUCAAUAAAAAGUUGUCGGUAGUUGAUGUUUUGGGAAUGUUCACCAAGAAUCUACUGGAGAGUCAAAUAUCCGAUGAGUUUUCACGGAAGAUAGAAGUUUCGAAUAUACUGAUAGCAUUUCCUAAUCACGAAGCAGCUUCUUAUAGACGGAGGGUAAUGGACCUCAAAACCAACUUGUGCGAACCUGUUCCAUUUGACCACAACUACGAUCCCAGAAAGGUUAUAUUCCUGGAUGGGUACUAAUGCACUGGUGAGACACGCAAAGUGGGCGAUUAGACUUUCCUUUCUUUCUGUAGUUGAGAUAGUCUCUUCACUUAUUUUGAUUAAAUAAACUUAAAUCUAUCGUAGUAAUAGUGACUUUGCUUUCAAUAUUACACACAUAUGCAUUAUUG